GAAACGGAUUCUUCGGAGCCAAGGUCCGCUCGGGUGAGUGCCCUCCGCUUUUUGUGCCCAAACCCAGCCACGCAGUACCCUUCCUGCGCCAUCCUCCCAACCCGGGGUCUGUGGGUCUCCGCGGACGUCACAGGCUCGGCAACAGCCCUACUGUCGGCGGGGAGCCCCGCGACGCCCUGAAAUGCUCCGAAGCCUGUCGCUCAGCUGCCAGAUCUGCGUCUGUGUCCGGUUCCGUCACUGAGGUCGCCCCUGUCCGGCCCUUCGACCCUAGUUCUCUUCAUCAUCCGCCCAUCCUAUCGCGCGCCGCGUUAGGUCCCCAUUCGGCACGUGGCUUGUCUCCCGUCGUCCCCACCCUUACCCCUCUUGGCCGCUCAGGGCAGCCCUGGGAUUUGGCAGACGCCAGUCCUCCCUGAGAUGCCUCCCCAUCCUUCCCUCCGCCAGGCCCUACGUCUCCGCAGACCCCCCCUCUUCGGGGUGACCGCUUCAGACAGGACGCUGAGUCCGGGACUGGGGUAAGGGACCUGCCCAAUCCUGUGACAGCCGCGUCCUUCUGUACAGUCACCUCCCACUAGCGAUCACCUUCCCGGUGUCCCACUGAGAAGUGGGCUCUUCCUUGGCAGGGGCUUCUUCACUGCAUCGCUGUGGAUGUCGAGGUGGGGCAGGAGAGUGAGGAGAAAACAAGAGAAGAGGGAGGUAGGGCCCGCGAGGGACAAAAGGGGAGGGAAAUUUAGAUGGGAAGUGGAUGGGUCUGAGGAAUUUGAACAAACAUUGAGAAUGAAGGAGAGUGACCUGAGCAAGUAGUAGUGGGGUAAGUGGAAAUAGACAAAACGGGAAUCAGCAGAGAUGUGGAGGACAGAAUACAAUGAGGGGCCCUGACCGUCAGUAGCAGAGGGGGCAACAGAAGCCUAAUUCCCAAAUUCUUUAGAUGGUUUUCUGAUUUCCGAAUUAGUUUCCCUUUUAAAUUUGUUGUAUCAGGUUCAGUUUAUGAGGCCUCAAUAGUUUUCAGUCUUAAUUAUGUAUUGAAAAUACUUUUUGUUUAAUAAAUACUUUUACAUUAAUUCAGUGUGCACUUCGUAAGAAUAUUGAUGAUUUGAGUUAGUUUAGUUUUCAACAUCUUCCUCUAUUCCUUUAUAUGAUCUCUGUAUUUAAUGACUGUAGGAUAAAAUUUCCAACUAAGUAUAAGUAUCAAGUUUUCUUUGUGCUGUUUUCUGCAAUUAUUGAAGGAUGGGCUGAAUUGUCCUAGAACUUUGUUCCAACAGAUUCCAUGUGUCCAUAAUGAAUACAUUGCUCAAAGAUAUUUCGAAAGCUCACCUUUUAUGUUUUUCAUUGCCAAUAAUUAUAUCGUUUUAAUUUUUAUAUUUUUGGAUGACUUAAUGUGAUGUUCUGGAGAAGACAAAUGCUUUUAAUCAAUAUGAUUAAAACCGUGAAAGACAAAUUGCUGUUACUUAAGAGUGUGAAAUUUGAUCUCAAAUCUUUAGGGGACAGGGAUGUUAAGGGAAAACUGCCACUAUGGCAUCCAGAUCAUGUCAUUCCUGUGAAGCUGGUGCUGGUUACUCUCUACUGGCUUCUGUUCACCUUUCCACCUGCCCCAAGACAUACACAUGGUGACAUAAGGCAGUGGAUAGGGAAAGAGCAAGACUUUUUAAAGUAAGCACAGAACAAAGGUGUCUUUCUAAUGAGGAGGAGGUGUUGGUUCCGGGAAGGAAGCUUGGAGGCGAAAGGGCAAUAAGAUUUGGGUAUUCAGGAUCCAGAAGUGAGAGAGAGCCUGGGAAGCUCAGGAACCGGAGAAAGAAAAAGCAUUGCCCAUUCUCACCCAUGACCCUGUGCUCAGCAGGUACUAGCAGAGACUUCAGGCUCUGUGACUAAAAGGGGUCAGACCAGUUCAUAUACCCAUAGCUGUCGUGUAAGAAUGUGUGUGGACUUUACUAGGGAAGAAGGGUGUUAUGAAGGAAGGGGCAGAAAAACUCACCUGUUGGUCUCCACGUAGAAGUUUAUUGUCCCGAAUUCCUGGAGGUUCAGUGAAAAGCAGAAGAUUGUCUUUUACACAUGUUGAGUUAUGCCCCCAUAUAUGUGGUUGUGGUAAAGAAAGAGGGUAUGUCGAUGGGAAGUCCUGAAAUGCAUGUUCCUAACGUUUAGCAGGGACUUCUCAAGACACAUCUUGCCUUAGAAAGAAGCUCAGAGAAGAAAAAUGGAGAACAAUUAGAUAUGACACUUUCACUGGAAAAAGUCAUAUUAUUCAUUGAUUGUUUUGUCAUCUCCCUCCUUAAAUGUUGUUUUUACGAUUUCGUAAUCUCUGACCCUGCCUAACACAUUUCCUAACUCACCCAUAGCCUUCCCUUAACUUCAUCCCAUCUUCACAGAUUCACACUGUGACCCAGUGAUUUCGAACUUGUGAAGUUCCAUUCGGGGGAUCAUAUGGCAAGGCCUUCACAGCCAGACAUGGAUUAUAGAUGGGAAGUGGGCCACAUGAUGGCAGUGAGAAUUGUCUUCUUACUGCUUGGAUGGUGUGAGUGAAAACCCAGAGGAAUACAUUUGGUGGCUGAGCUAGUACAAUGCCAUCACUGGAUUCCAUGACCUUCGAGGAUAUAGUUGUAGACUUCACUCGGGAAGAGUGGGCCCUGCUGGACACAUCCCAGAGAAAGCUGUUUCAAGAUGUGAUGUUGGAGAACAUCAGUCAUCUGGUCUCUAUUGGCAAGCAGCUCUGCAAAUCAGUUGUGCUUUCCCAUUUGGAGCAAGUAGAGAAACUUUCAACACAAGGAAUAAGCUUACUGCAAGGUAGAGAAGGUGACAUUAAACAUCAAGAGAUACCAUUCAUUCAACAUACCUAUCAGAAGGGCACAUCCACCAUCAGCACAAUGAGAUCCCAUCCUCAAGAGGAUCCUUUUCUAUGUAAUGAUUUAGGAGAAGAUUUCACUCAACAUACAGCAUUGACUCAAAAUGUGAUUACUUACAUGAGAAAGAAACACUUUGUAAGCAAAAAGUUUGGGAAAACCUUCAGUGACUGGUUAUCCUUUAAUCAACACAAGGAAAUUCAUACCAGAUGUAAAUCAGAUGAAGGUCAUCUAUUUGAUUAUGCCUUUAUCCAAAGCUCUGCCCUUAGACCACACAAUGUGACUCAUACUAGAGUGAUAACAUUGGAAUGUCAUGUGUGUGGGAAAACCUUCAGCAAAAAUUCUAAUCUUAGGCGACAUGAAAUGAUUCACACUGGAGAGAAACCACACGGAUGUCAUCUAUGUGGGAAAGCCUUUACUCAUUGCUCUGAUCUUCGAAAACAUGAGAGAACUCACACUGGAGAGAAGCCAUAUGGAUGUCAUCUAUGUGGGAAAGCCUUCAGUAAAAGUUCUAACCUUAGACGACAUGAGAUGAUUCACACUAGAGAGAAAGCACAGGUAUGCCAUCUCUGUGGGAAAGCCUUCACUCAUUGCUCUGACCUUAGAAAACAUGAGAGAACUCACUUAGGAGAUAAACCAUAUGGAUGCCAUCUAUGUGGGAAGGCUUUCAGUAAAUGUUCUUACCUUAGACAACAUGAAAGAACUCACAAUGGAGAGAAACCAUAUGAAUGUCAUCUAUGUGGAAAAGCCUUCUCUCAUUGUUCUCACCUUAGACAACAUGAGCGAAGUCACAAUGGAGAGAAACCACAUGGAUGUCAUCUAUGUGGGAAAGCCUUCACUGAAUCUUCUGUGCUUAAACGACAUGAGAGAAUUCACACUGGAGAGAAACCAUAUGAGUGUCACGUAUGUGGGAAAGCCUUCACUGAAUCUUCUGACCUUAGACGACAUGAGAGAACUCACACUGGAGAAAAACCAUAUGAAUGCCACCUAUGCGGAAAGGCCUUCAAUCACUCUUCUGUCCUUAGACGACAUGAGAGAACUCACACAGGAGAGAAACCAUAUGAAUGCAAUAUAUGUGGUAAAGCCUUCAAUAGAAGUUAUAACUUUAGACUUCAUAAAAGAGUUCACACUGGAGAGAAACCAUAUGUAUGUCCUCUAUGUGGAAAAGCCUUUAGUAAAUUUUUUAACCUUAGACAACAUGAGAGAACUCACACUAAAAAAGUAAUGAAUAUGUAAGAGUCAUCAACCAUAGCGUUAACACUAAAUACACCCAAGGACUGACAUACUACAGGAACAUUUUGUCUGUAAUCGUGUGGAAAAGCCUUUAUUUGUAAUUACCACUUUGCUCAACCUAAAUGAAUCCAAAGUAGGGAGAAUCCAUAUGUAUUUAAGCUGUAUGGCACAAACUAUGAGAGAAUGAAACUAUAGAUCAAAGGAAUGUGGAGGAGUCUUCAUCCAAAGCUCUAACUGUUAAACAAACAGGAGAAAUCACAUCACAAAAAUUCUGUACCUGUCAUCAAUGUGAAAAUGCCAUCCUUUAAACAAAUGAGUAAAAUUGACAGGCGAGCAACCAUACGUCUGUAAUUGCUGUGCACUGUCAUUCAGCUAAGCACCAGUUUUGGUGUCUGCAAGAAAAUUCAUUAUCAGGUAACUGAUAAAAACAGGAAAUUUGUGAAAAUAUUUUUAUUAGGUGGAUGAGGCCUCUUGCACAAUUCCAGAAAUUCAUAGUAGAGAAAUUAUUCAGUGAGAAAUCCUUUUCUUAAUACAGCAGCACUUCUAUAAUAGAUCAGAAUUCACAUGGUGUAGAACACUCAGUGACAUGAAUGGAGGGCAGUCCUCAGUAAAUUACUCAUUCCUUAGUCAAUACCAGCAUUUUUCCACUAAGAAAACAAUCUUGACAUGAUAGUAGAAGAACCUUCAGGCAGCUUUCAUGUCAAAAAAGACAGGAACGAAAACUCUAAAAAGCCAUUGAGAUGUAUAGCUGGGGGACAAGACAUAAAGCCAUCAAGCACAUGCUUGAGAAAAAAAAGUAUAGUUUUGAGCAAAGACUUUCUACUUAAAAUAUGUGGGAUGAAAUGUACAACUCUGAAAUAACCUGGGAAUAUUGAAUGCAGAAUUGUGUAAGAAGUAAUAAGAUUAAAUUAGUACUGUCAAAAAUGCAAGCAUUAAAUGUUGUUGCUGAAUAAUC